UUUUAGGUGAAUUUUUAUUUGUCGGGUCGUAUUUAUCUUUUUCUCCAAUAUUAUUCAACAUUCUUCAUCUUCAUCCUCUUAAAUUGAUUUUUUUUAUUUUAUAUCUUAUGCAACAACUUUUACGUUUCUCAUGCACUUCCAUCAUCUCUUGGUGGGCUUAUGAAUUUUCAAAUUCUUUUAUUAGUCUUUUACACUGUAUUUUUUCAUAAAAAUCAUCUCGAUUUUCAUUUUUUUUUUCUUUUUCUUUUUGCGUAUUUCAAAAAAAAAAAAAAAUGGGAAACUGUUAAUAAAUAAUAAUGGUUCAGAAUCCGACACCAUUUAUAUAACUCACAUGGUGGCGCAUUAGAUCUCCAUGGCAGCCACUUCUUUUUGCGGAAUUUUAUUUUUUGUUAACUGAGAUAUUUUUCUUUUUUUCCCCCCUCCAACUGGAAGAUUUUUUUUUUUUGGGUUUUUUGAAGAGAAAUUCUGCAUAAUUUUGAGAAGAGAAAUCGGUUCCCCACAAUGACGGUUGAUGAGGAAUUUAAUGGUGUCGAAAAGAAGGAGAAGAAGAAGAAUGUAUUGGUGGGGAUUAGGAUCGAUAGCCAUAGUAGAGAAGUUCUUAGUUGGGCUCUCGUUAAAGUUGCAGAGCCAGGAGAUAGUGUUAUUGCAGUUCAUGUUUGUCGAAGUUCAGAUGAUCACUCAUUGAAAGACAAACCCUUAUUAGAUGAUUAUUUAGAGGUUUAUGAAGGCCUAUGUAGUGUAAAGAAGGUAGAUCUCAAGGGUCAAAUCUUGAGAGGAAAUUCUGUGAGAAAAAUUCUGGUGAGAGAGGCAAAGAAUUAUGCUGCUGUGGCUCUAGUUGUGGGCAUAGACAAGCAAUGCACUCUUGGAGGCUGGGGUGGUUCCACUGUAAAAUAUUGUGCAAAGAAAUUGCCUCAUAGCACUGAUGUUGUUGCUAUACACAAUGGUAGAAUCGUCUACAGAAGGUUUACAAGCAAUCAACUAUCAGGUGUCCUUGGAGAUCCAAGACCAAGUCUGAGUCCUAGACAAAAUCCAUCUGAAUUUGGUGACUCUGAAGCUGAGACAGAGACUGUGAAAUCCAAUCCUGAAACAACUCCCACUUCCCAAGACAGUUCAUCAUCAGGACAUGGCAGUGAGGAUUUGAGGAAUGAAUUCUUUAGCCUCGUCCAUGAACAGAAGAGAGGCAUUUCAAGAUCAACUUCUCUUGUUUCAGGAGGAGAAACCACCUCAGAGCAGAGGCUUGGUUGGCCUUUACUUCGUAAAGCAAAUUCAUUGCUUCCACCAUCCCAAAAUGCAAGAAAAAUGUCUGUGGUUCAAUGGGUUAUGAGCUUACCGGAUCGUUCCCCGCAUCAAUCUCCUCAUUGUUCAACCAUUAAAGAGAGUCCAGUAGAGAGAGAGAUUGAUGACAUUGAUGAUGAUAGUAUUAAGAGUAAUUUAUCUAAUUUGUGUGAGGUACCAGAAGGCUUUGAACACCUCCUUAAAACUAACUCCUCUAGUUGUAAAUGGUUCAGUCUUGAGGUUCUGAAAACUUCAACUUCUCAUUUCUCUUCAGAAAAUCUGAUUGGAAAAGGAGGGUGCAACCGCGUGUAUAAGGGAAUUCUUCCUGAUGGCAAACCAGUAGCAGUAAAGAUCAUGAAGUCAUCAAAAGAAGCAUGGAAGGAUUUUGCCUAUGAAGUUGAUAUUAUAUCUUCCUUGAAUCAUAAGCAUAUUACACCUCUACUCGGUGUCUGCGUUGCUGAUAAAUUUCUAAUAUCUGUUUAUGAUUUCCUGCCUAAAGGAAGCUUAGAGGAAAACCUACAUGGCAAGAAGAAUGACAAGUCUGAAAUGACAUGGGAAGUGAGAUUUAAUAUUGCUGUUGGGAUUGCUGAAGCCUUAAAUUACCUUCACAAAGAGUGUCCUCAAUCUGUUAUUCACAGAGAUAUCAAGUCUUCAAACAUUCUUCUCUCCAAUGAGCUUGAAGCAAAGCUAUCUGAUUUCGGGCUUGCAAUAUGGGCACUGACGAAUUCAUCUUUUCUGACUCAAGGCAAUGUAGUAGGAACAUUUGGUUAUCUAGCUCCUGAAUAUUUCAUGUAUGGGAAAGUUAGUGACAAGAUUGAUGUCUAUGCCUUUGGUGUUGUUCUACUUGAACUGUUAUCAGGGAGAGGACCAAUCAGCUCUGAUACUUCGAAAGGACAAGAGAGCUUGGUCAUGUGGGCAAAACCUAUAAUAGAGAGGGGAGAUCUAAAAGACAUACUGGAUCCAGAUUUGGAUGGAAAAUAUGAUGAAGUUCAGAUGCAGAGAAUGGCUCUUGCAGCAACUCUCUGCAUCACACAGGCAGCACGGCUUCGUCCCAACAUGAGCGAGGUACUGAAGCUCCUAAAAGGGGAUGAAGACGUUAAGAAGUGGAUGAACUCCCAAAAUAAUCAUCAACAGGAUUCCGAAAACCAGGAUGAGAAUGAUGAUGAGGUUUAUCCAAAUUCAAGUGCAGAAUUACAUUUGAGUCUUGCAUUGCUUGAUGUUGAUGAUGAUACAACAUCGGUUAGCAGUGUGGACCGUCGCACCAGCAUUUCAUUAGAAGAAUACUUCAAAGGAAGAUGGAGCCAAUCAUCAAGUUUUGAUUAGCCUCUUUUUGUACUCUUGCUUGGUUUUGCUUGUUUUUUUUUUUUUUUUUUUGGGGGGGGGGGGGGGGGGGACGGGUUUCAAACACAAAAAUAUGCCAUAGAUCUUGGGACAUGAAGUUUAUAUUUGUACAGUUUUAGGAGACAAAAAUCUGAGCACCCGAUGGUGAGGUGGUUUGUAAUUUUAGAUGUCUGAAAAAAGAUCCGGUUUGAAGUGAUCGAGUACAAACAAACACACAUUUAGAUUGAACUAUAAGUUCAAGGCUGUCUGAGUGAGAGAUGUACAUGUUGUACAACCCUUUAGGAAACAUUAAAAAAUUUGGUUUACAUUUCUUAUA